AUGCUGAGCACCCUCCUGAGCCUAAACAGCGGCACCUGGAUAGACACUUUCGUUCUACUCUUGGCUCUUGGCGUUGCCCUCUACUUGGGCUACUACUGGGCAUGUGUGCAGCAGCGGCCUCAGCUGGUGGCUGGGCCCCAGUUCCUGGCCUUCCUGGAGCAACACUGUCCAGUGAUCCUGGAAACCUUCUUCCCCACCCUCUGGUGCUUUGAGGGACGGCUGCAAUCCAUCCUGCGGAUCUUCCUGCAGACUUGGCCCCCGGUCCCUUACUGGAGUGAAGUCCUUCCAACUCCAGACGGUGGCCAGCUACUGCUGGACUGGGCUGAGCCCGACAGCAACCAGCACCCCAAGCCCAGCACACGGCCCAUCGUGCUGUUGCUUCCUGGCAUCACUGGCAGCAGCCAGGAGAACUACAUCCUGCACCUGGUCAGCCAGGCUUUGGCAGAUGGCUAUAGGGCCGUUGUCUUCAAUAACAGGGGCUGCCGUGGGGAAGAACUACUGACCCCCAGGUCUUACUGUGCCAGCAACACUGAGGACCUGGAGACAGUUGUGAAGCACAUCAAGCACUACCACCCCCAGGCCCCACUGCUGGCUGUGGGCAUCUCUUUCGGAGGGGUACUGGUGUUGAACUACCUGGCACGGACUGGACUGGAUGCUGGCUUGGUGGCAGGACUGACUCUGUCUGCAUGCUGGGAUUCCUUUGAGACCACUCGCUCCCUGGAGAUGCCACUCAAUUUACUGCUCUUCAAUCAGCCGCUCACUGCUGGGCUCUGCCAAUCUGUGGAAAGAAAUAGAAGCGUGAUGGAGAAGGAAGUGGAUGUAGAUUUUGUGCUAAAGGCCCGCACAAUCCGCCAGUUUGAUGAACGCUACACAUCCGUGGCCUUCGGCUACGAAGACUGUGUUGCCUACUACCAAGCAGCAAGUCCAAGAAACAAGGUAGAUGCCAUCCAGACCCCUGUGCUCUGCCUCAACGCAGCUGACGACCCCUUCUCCCCGGUCCAGGCUCUCCCCAUGCAGGCAGCCCGGCUCUCCCCGCACCUUGCACUGCUUGUCACGGCCCGGGGCGGUCACAUCGGCUUCCUGGAAGGGCUGCUGCCCUGGAGGCACUGCUACAUGAGGCGCUUGCUGCACCAGUACGCCAGGGCUGUCUUCCAGCACCCAUCUGAGCUGCUGGACCUCGGGGUGCUCACACCUUCUGAGGGCACAGGGAGUUGA